AUGAAGAAAAAAUACCAGCGCCUGUCGAAGGAAGCGGUGACUGUCCUGCGGUCAUGGCUUCACAGCCAUCAAGAUUACCCCUACCCCACCAAAGAAGAGAAAGAUGCCCUGCAGCAGCAGACGGGGCUCGACCGGGCUCAGAUAUCCGACUGGUUCAGCAAUGCACGACGGCGCACUUUGGUCGGGGGAGGUGCGUCCCUGGCAGUCGAACAACUGGCACCAGCGGCUGAUCUCUCUCUACAAUCACCCAUGGAGAGAUGGAAGAACUCCCCACCAGGAAGUGAGGCGGCCGCGACCUCAGACAUCAUGCGAGCUCUGGAUACCAUAGAACGUCUGGAUGAUGAUAAGGAAAGUGCGGGCACCCCGACAUCUCAGUAUGCCUGGUCGAGCCAUAGUUCUAGCAACUCGUUCGUUGUUGGGGCUCCAUCUACCAGCACGGUGGGUUAUAGUCAUUCAUCGAGCUCUGACGCUUCGUUUGGCCACCACGCACACUACCAGCCCGUGCGACGACCGCCAACUCCCAUGGUUGGUCAGCGAUCUCUGUCUCGUCGUCGCCAUCGUCGUCGUCAGAAGCCUUCACGUCCCAACGAUUUCCUAUCACAUCGCCAACCGAUAGAAAACCGUCCAUAUCAGUGCACAUUUUGCACCGACUCAUUUCGCACGAAAUAUGACUGGGAGCGACAUGAAAAGGCUUUGCAUUUGCCUGUGGACCUAUGGACGUGCGCCCCCGACGGUGGCAUCGUCGUUCUCGAGGGAACCCGGACCUGUGUGUUCUGUCAAGCUUCAAACCCAGAAACUGGCCACCUUCUCGACCGACACGACUAUUUUGCUUGCCAAUCUAGAGCCGAUGGGCAACGGACGUUUUCCCGCAAAGACCAUCUACGACAACACUUGAAACUCACACACAGUGCGGAAUAUCAUUCCGGCAUCAUGGAUGGAUGGCGAACAUCGCGCACCAUUGUCUCCCGCUGCGGGCUCUGUGACGCGACCUUUGCGACCUGGAAAGAGCGUAUGGAUCAUGUUGGGGCUCAUUUCAAGAAUGGCGCCGAUAUGGCGGAGUGGAAGGGUGAUUGGGGAUUUGCGCCAGAAGUGCAACGGUUGGUUGAAAAUGCCAUGCCGCCCUACCUUCUAGGCCACGAACGGCGCACGAUGGAUCCAUGGAAAUCGUCUAUUGCGCUGCUGGGAGGCAGCGCCCCCGAACAGGAGGACACACUGGGCUUAUCCCAUAUGUUGCUCGGAAACGGCGUUCCCAAUGCCUUCAACCGCUACACAGAUCUCCGUCGCGCCCUGAUAGAUUACAUUCAUCGUCAAACUGCCGCUGGCAUCUGUCCCACGGAUGAGAAGCUACAACAAGUGGCUCGUCAGUUCUCCUACGGUGGGAAUGACCCUUUGGAUCAAACAUUCGCGGAUUAUGAUCCUUUGUGGCUGGAGGCUGUCAAGCAUGAGGCGGGGCUCGGCACAAUGCAGUUUGGUCCGCAAUAG